GGAGAAGUCCUCAGCUCCAAAGAGAGCAAGCACACCAAACUUACAGCCCUGCAGUGAAGAAUUACUGCGGAGAACUCCAGGAUCUUUCUAAUCUGAGGCUUUCACCUUUUAGAUUUCCCUGAAGCCAUGCUUUAAAUUGUUCCAAUGACUAAGUCCAUUGCUUUCUUUUUGUGUGUUUAUUACAUGAGAAAAGGGUCUUCCUUGACAGACUGUAUUUUUUCUUUGCCUAAAUUGUUGUUAAUCUUUAUCUGUCGUUCAUCCACAAUCUCCUUUUGUUCUUUGUACACACCCAAACCUCUCUUAACUCUUCACUGUUCGGAAGCUUCAGGUAGGGUAAUAUAUAUACAUCAUGUGUCCAUUUGGAUGGAACAGUAAGUAACCAGUCAGGCCUAGCAGACUGUUGAAGAAAUUAUUGGUUUAUACCUUAGUUUUUCCUGUGUCUAUUCACUUCUUCGUUGCUGUUGUCAUAUUGCAGCAGACCAGUAGAUACAGCCCUGUUCCAGAAAACUCAAGAGAAACAGGCCAUCUUGUUGAAGUUGUCCCAUGAGGUCAGGUUUACUGGUCACUACUACAUACGCAGUUAUCUCCCACAUUUGAUCAUUGAUGUUAACACUGCAUCUGUAUACAGGAGAGAGCAACAUCAGAACCAUUCAGGCAUGGCAUCAUCCCAAAAGUUUAGAUUCUAGCACUUAGUAAAUCUCAAGCACUGUGAGUGGGUUGUCCCUCACAGUUCUCACCAGGGUAUUUCUUACCUAUGAACAACGAAUCCUGCUGUCCCAGUUCGCCUAUGAGAAGAUCUGGAUGUUCAAGCAACUUGUUGGAUUACACAGCUAGUGAUGAUAGGAGGCAGGAGUCAAACUCAAGUAGCUGCUGUCAGUGUGUAUACAGCCCUCAGUGUCUAUACAGCUUUCCAGUAUACAGUAUACAAUGAACUCUUUGUUUACACAGCUAGUGAUGAUAGGAGGUGGGAGUCAAACUCAAGUAGCUGCUGUCAGUGUGUAUACAGCCCUCAGUGUCUAUACAGCUUUCUAGUAUACAGUAUACAAUUGAACUCUUUGUUUACACAGCUAGUGAUGAUAGGAGGCAGGAGUCAAACUCAAGUAGCUGCUGUUAGCUUUAUUUUAGAAGAUUUGUGUGUGUUGUAAAAGAAUGUUUGUAAUUUGGCUAGCCCAUUCUGCCUGCAUACUCACAAACAGAAUAUAUGGAUAAUGGAAAAGUAAAGAAUGAGGCAGACAAAAUACCAAGCAUAUUUCAAAUCUGGUGUAGUUCCUGGCAUGGUUGGUGCUCCUCUGACUCAAGACUCUGGUCUCGAGUGUGGGUUUAAGAUAUCAUCCAAUGGAGCUCUUCGCCAUCUUCCCUCCGGCCGGCCGGCAGCGUCCGCCAUUAAGGUUGAGCUGUGCAGUUUCAGCGGCUACAAGAUCUACCCCGGACACGGGCGGCGCUACGCCAGGACCGACGGGAAGGUUUUCCAGUUUCUUAAUGCAAAAUGCGAGUCCGAGUUCCUUUCCAAAAGGAAUCCUCGGCAGAUAAACUGGACUGUCCUCUACAGAAGAAAACACAAGAAGGGCCAGUCAGAAGAAAUUCAAAAGAAAAGAACCCGCCGUGCAGUCAAAUUCCAGCGAGCUAUCACUGGUGCAUCUUUUGCUGAUAUAAUGGCCAAGAGGAAUCAGAAACCCGAAGUUAGGAAAGCUCAGCAGGAACAGGCUAUCAGGGCUGCCAAGGAAGCAAAAAAGGCUAAGCAAGCGUCCAAGAAGACAGCAAUGGCUGCUGCCAAGGCCCUUACCAAAGCAGCACCUAAACAAAAGAUUGUUAAGCCUGUGAAGGUCUCUGCUCCCCGAGUUGGUGGAAAAUGCUAACUUGGUAGAUCAGAGUUUUGAAUAAAGAUCAAUCUCUAACUC